UACUUUCAGACAGAAGUGCGGAUCAACAGGUGGCAGCGACAUGGCCCUAUGUAAAUACAACAGAAGUGAAACUGUGUCACGUUGCUCGGGUUUCCUCAGACACGCUGCGUGGCAGGUAGUUGGAGGAAGCGCACUGAGGAGUCCGAUACGAGGGUAAGAGUCAGACACACUCACAUGACACACGUCAUGUCCUCAAACCUUCUGCAGCAACACGCGUCGCUUAUCAGGGUUCAGAGAAGCUCGUCGAUGCUGUGGUCCCUGACUCCCUCAGAGACUCUGGACUGAGUUGGCUCCGGGUCCCGCAGCGGACACGCGCGCCCCCCGUCCCCGUCCCCAGGCGACAGGCGCGCGGCCAUGCCUCGGCUCUCGGCCGCCGCGGCGCUGCAGCUCGCGCUGCUGCUCUCCGCGGUGCCCGCGCAGUACCUCAUCUCCCGGUGGAGCGGCCCCACCGCGGCGCAGCGCCUCCACGCCACGGCGGGGUUGCUUAGAAUUUGGAAAGAGUGGAGAAGAUCGUACCUCAACGGCACUGCGUGGAUGGAGUGGGCGAACCAACACAUGUCCUAUGUCAACUCUCUGGUUGGCCUGGAACAGGAAGUGACACAGGAGCGGCCUCCUGUAGAGACCAUGCUUUAUGACAAUGACCAGGGCUUCUUUGGAGCAUCCAACACGGUGCGAAGUCCUCGCCCUCCGUAUGUGUUUCUACGGGUCGGAGACGUGGUGAUGGAGCGGAAAGGCCACAUGGUUGGUGUGGUGGUGAGCUGGGACCCUGAACUGCGAGCCCCACCAGAGUGGGUCGACAGGAUGUCUUCCAGUCCUGAGGGCAUCAAAGCAGAGAAGACGCCUCAUUACAAGGUACUGUUCAGCGGGCCUGGACCCACAUCUCUGUUGGUGGCAUACCUGCCUCAAACACAACUGCAGCGCAUCACUGGGAUGAGGCCCAACAUUCCCACUUUGGACAAUUACUUCACUCAUUUUGAUGGGGAGCGGUUCAUCAUGCAGCCCUGGCUGAGAGAGCGCUUUCCUGAAGAUGACGCCAAUGAUGCCUGAGUGCUCCCUUCCCGAAAGAUCCAUCAGACUUACGACUUAUUUUCCUUCCUUCUGUGGUGUCCUCUGGACACAUACUGAACUGGCAGUCAGGUUUUAUGAAGAGUAAAUGUUGAAUGUAACUGUUUGGAGACGGACUUGAAUGGUUGGCACAUUUACGCUAAUCCUGAUGAAUGCUUUACAAUGACAAUUUUUUCAGAAAAUCAGCUGUAUGUGUGUAUAUAUAUUAUGUCAAUUUUCAUGACAGUGUUGGCUGAGAUCCAAUGAUCCUUGAAGCACUGCACUUUAAAUCGGCUGCAACUAUGCAAUAAAAUGUUUUAAACUGUGA